UCCAUGCUAACGUUAGCCUGAGUACAGUUGUUCUUUAUCUGCUGAACUAUUUCUUCUGCUGCUUCAUCUCUCUUCUGUUGGAGGGAAAUGAAGUUCAGAGACGCUGUGAAUUUGUGGAGAAAUGAACCUCUAUAUCAUCAGCUAAACCUCCAGCUGCAUGAUAAUCACUAGCUAGUUAGCUGCAGCUAAGUUAGCAUGCUAGCAGAAGGAACAUCAAAGCAAAGAUGAAGUGAAGACUCAGAACCUUCAGGAGAACCACAAAGACCCAUCAACAGCAAACAUCUCUGACCAAUGUGGAACAUUUCUUUCCUCUGUAGAUCCUCAUAAUGGAGGAGAGUGUUCCCUGUGAAGUGAAACCAUACAGCUGUGAGAAAGGUUCCAUCUGUUCCACAGCUUUAGAAACACAUCAACUGAUCCACAGUGGGGUUAAACCUUUCACCUGUGAAACGUGUUCAAAGUCUUUUAAACUCAAAAGGGACCUAAAGACUCAUGAACGGAUCCACAGUGGGAAUGAUUCAUACAGCUGCCAUGACUGUGGAAAAUGUUUCCGCACGGAGAGUCGAGUCAAAGCCCACAGUGUCAUCCACACUGGAGAAAAACCUUUCAAAUGUGAUCGGUGUGAAAAGAUGUUCAGCCACAAAUCCAGCUUUUAUCUCCAUAAGCAGACCCACUCAGGAGAAACAGAAAAACAGUACAACUGUGAUCAGUGUGGAAAGAGUUUCAAACGUUCAUCAUACCUGCAAGCCCACAAACGCAGACACUCUGAAAGACAAAGAUACUCCUGUGACACGUGUGGGAAAACCUUUACAAACCGUCCUCACUUAGCAGAACACCAAAAUGUUCACAUUGGAUUUAAACCCUACAGCUGUGACCAGUGUGGAAGAUGUUUUACAUACAACACUGCCUUAACGACACACCGCCGCCUCCACAGUGCUGAGAAACCGUACGUCUGUGCUGAGUGUGGAAAGAGUUUUGUUCAAAAGCCUGAUUUCAAAUCCCAUCAGCUUGUUCAUGCUGGAGUUAAACCCUACAGCUGUGAAGAAUGUGGAAAGUGUUUCACAACAAGACGACAAAUAAAAGAACAUCAGACCUUUCAUGUUCAGGAGAGACGUUUCAGCUGCGAUCAGUGUGAGAAGGCUUUCUACAGAAAAUCAAAUCUCAGAAGCCAUCAGAGGAUUCAUACUGGAGUUAAACCAUUUUGGUGUGGGGAGUGUGGAAAAUCAUUCAUUCGGGAAGGAAACUUAAAAGUACACAACCUCAUCCACAAUGCUAAAGGAAGGUUCUCUUGUGACACAUGUGGGAGAACUUUCACUCAGAGGAACCAGCUAAAAACACAUCAGAGUAUCCACACGGGAGGGACACCAUACUGCUGUGAUCUCUGUGGGAAACUCUUCAUGCACAAGACAUCAUUUGUGGCUCAUCAACAUGUCCAUGCUGGAGAUGAACCAUACAGCUGUGAUCAGUGUGGGAAAGCCUUCAGCCAAGCUUACAACUUCAAAGUCCACCAGAGGAGCCACUCUGAGGAGAGACCAUACAGCUGUGAUCAGUGUGGGAAGACCUUUAAGCUUUCAGGUCAUCUAAAACGACACCAGCAGACCCACAGCAGGAAGCCAGCAGUCUGGAGGCCCACUGUGAGAAGCAGAGCAGCACAGAUGGAGCCACUUCUCAGCCCAGCCAGCACCGUAAUGAUGAAGAACCAAACUGUUCUGGGGGAAAAGUCAGCAAAGAAAAACCUUCAAAGUUCCAGAUCUAAGCUCAGUGAAGACAACCUGAAGCUCAGCAAAGAUGGAGGGAAAGGUUUCACCUCCCCAGCUUCCAGAAAAGUCCCUGAAGUCUUCCUGAAAUUUCAGAGCCUCCAGAUCAAACUUCACAGAGUUCAUGUUCCUAGUGUUUAUCCUACUGUUCCAGUGAACCCUGACCUUUGACCUUUCAUCUAAAGUUACAACAGGGAGCAGUUCCAUCAUUCAGUAAUGGAAGGAGACGGCUCUUUAAGAAGCCGUCAGCUGUUGCUGACAUGGCUUUUCAUAAUCAGAUAUGUUGGUCUGCCUGUUGAUGCCUGUUUAACUAGUUCCAGAGCUAACAGUGGCAAGCAGCAGAACCGGGUCAGCUUGUUCAGGAAGAGGGACAAACUGAACAAGCUUCAGAUACAUCAAAGUUCCUCAAAGGAGACCUUACAAUGGUUGUUGAGACAGAAGAUCUUCAUUGAGAAUAUCUCUGAGUUUGUUGUUAAUGCAGCUCAGAGCUCUUAAUUUGAAGGGCCUCUGGCUCAACCCCAUUUCCUGCUGCUGUCUCUGUCCCUAUGUUCAUGUUGGUCUCUGUCCCUGGGCCCUGAACUCUAGUCCCAAACAAGUAAAAUAGUCCACUGAGGAACCAGGACAUCAUCAUGUGUCCCAGAGUCCUCCUACAGAACCAGAACUUAAAAAUAACCCAUAAAUGUUCUGUAGACAGUUAUCAAGCCAUCAACAGAUGCCAGCACACAUAAUUUUCUUCUGUUUAUUAAAAAACAAAAACAUCCAAACAUGAUCCAUCAGAAUCCAUCAAAGCAGACAUUUUAGAGCCAUUUAUAUUUGUCUUAUAGAGACAAUAAAAUAUUUGAGCAGAGAAAUGAAUCAUUUUCUGUGUUUAAGAAGAACUGAAAAUGAAACCAGAGAACAUCAGACUAAACCUGAUGGUUCUGUUACACUAAAAUAGGUUUAUUUACUAAUAUUUCAUCUACUGUUUAUGGAUUUUAUAGAUAAGUGACAAAGAAACCAAACAUGGUCUAUCAGAACAUCUGAAACUAGAUAUUAGAAAGGUUUUAGUCUCCAUAGCAACAUUUCAACAGAGGAAAUACAUUAGUGAGUGUUUCUCAGAACCAGAUGGGAUGUCCUCCCUCCAACAUGUAAAACAUCAUGUUGGUCUAAAAGCCCCCCCACCCCAUCACAGUAAAUAUUGGAACAGCCCACUUCCUGCUAAUCCAGGGUAGAAAAUGGGAUUGAGCCUUAAUCUUUGCUUCAGUGUCUCAGCUGAUGUCUCAGUUGGUCUGUUGUUCUUGGUUCUUUGUGUUUCUGUGCUGCUUUCAGCUUCAUGUUGGGAACGUCUGGACCCUGUUGGUGGUUCUGAGUUCUGUAUGUUUGAAAACAUUGUUGAUGAUGGAUCUGCUGUCACUGGCAGAAAAUGAAGAGAACUGUUGAUGUUGUUCCCUGUUCAGCCACAAGGUGGAGCCUUUAACUAACUGAGAAUCUGAGUAGAGUUUAAAUGUUGCUGCUGAAGAAAUGUUCAUCAGUUUUAUUCCUGGUUUGAAGUUAAAAAAUGUCUCCAUGUUUGUCCUCCUCCAGGACGUCCUGAGUCCAACCAACACUUGGUUUGUUUUCUGUCUUUGUUACGUUUGAACUUGUCAGGAAUUUUCUUUUCUUCCUGGUUUUAUGGAAAAUAUGAAAAGCUGCUUUUAUCAACCUGUUGGUGCUUAAAGUGACUUUUCUGACUGGGUCGGAACCUUGUUCCACCUAAAUGAUUCUGUUGGUUCUUCUGAAAUGUUAAAAUAAAUAGAGUUGGACCUUCUGCUGGUGGAGACAAUGAUCAGAAUGAACUUUGUUAAAGAACAACAGUUCAAAACUGGAAUCAGCUCCACUUAUUGGACUUUUCACAUCAGGGUCAAACUAAACAGAACCAAAUGAUUCUUUUUCAUUAACUCUCCUUAGUUGAGUCCAUUGAUGGAUCAGUAGAAUGUGUCCAGAAGAGAAAAGCUGUCUAGCUUAAUGACAGAACCAACAGAACAAGGUUCUAACUCUAUAAAGUGGGCCGAGCUUCAUCCAUCUGCUUCACAAGACUUUACAUCUUCCAUCUGAUCAUCUGCUGCUGUCCCACCCUGGGAAGACCAGAUGGUUCCAUCUUUUGACCCGACUCGGAGGAGACAAUGACAGCACUACACAGAAACUGUUACCAUGGAAACAAGAACAUCUAGAAAGUGUUUCUUUCAGCCUGAAUGAAGACUUUCCAUCAAGCAAAGAGCAAUAAUGAGUGAAGCUUCAAUCUAGAACGUCUAGAUCCACCAAAAUGUGACAGUUUAGUUGGAUAAAACAAGGAUUCUGUUCAUGUUCUUCCUGUUCUGGAGGUUCUGGUCUUGGCUUCCCUAAUUCGUCUGUCUUCAUCCAUCAGUGAUGUCUUCAUUCCAGCUGGGAUCAGUCAUUGUCUGAAUCAGAUGAGCCCAAAGACAAACACUGAGGUUCUGUCUGCAGGUCUUGAUGCAGAACACAGCUUCUCAGUUUAAACGUUUCGAACGAGUGGAUCUUCCAGGAUCUUCACUUCCUGCAUGAAACCCAACUCCUCCUCAGAGCUUCACUCGCUGUCCCUGAAGCUUCACUUUUCCUCUUCUAAUCCAAACACCAACUUCCAGACGUCCCAGGAGAUUCCUGCACUCAGCGGAUUUAAGGAUUUCAGAAGCAGGUUUCAGAUCUGUUUUCAUUUCCAUCUCUGUGGAAAUGUCCUGAACCAGCCCUCAUUUCCUCACAUUUAGUUCUGGAGAAUCUAAAAUAGCUUCAGGAAAUUUAUUAAAACAUGUGCAAACAGAAGUUGAACCCAGAAUCAGAAACAGAGUUGGUACAUUCCCAACUGCCUUAAAGGUCCAUAUCUGCUUUGAGCUCCUUUAUUCUUCAUCCCAGCCAAAGUUUCUCAGACAAACCUUAUGGGAACAUCUGAUAUUCAUCUUGAGGAGAACUUCUCCAGGCUUCUUGAAGGAAUGUUGAAGCUGUUCUUUGAAGGUUUGCUUCCAGCUGUAAACCUGUAAACCCAGUUAUUUCUCCUCGUUCUGCUUCUCAACAGAAUCAGCUCUGAAGAACCAGGAGGAGUUUCUGAAGAACAAUUGAGUGGAGAACAGUGAGUCUGAUUUGGAGCUGAAGAACAUUGUCUUCUGAAGCAUCUCCAGUGAUAAUCAGCUUUGGUGUCCAUGUCUCCAUCAUGGCUGAGCCUUUUCCACUUUAUCAAUGACCGUCUCCAAAUAUGAGAGUGAAACUGGAAGCUUAAAGAUGAAGCUAAUAAGACUUGU